AUGAGUAACAAGCAAAACCUUAGCGAGAAGAUGGACGAUAUUAAAAUAGCUAUCGUUGAGGUCAUCAUCUUCUUCAUGAUCGUAUGUUGUUGCCGUUGUUGUUGUACUGGUUCCACUGAGUUACCUCCCGAGUUAAUCGACCAAACUCCACAGCCUCAACAAGACAUUGAAACCGGACAUACGAAAGGCUUACUGUUCAGAGAUAUCAAAAAAGAAGAAGAAGAGGAAGAAGAAGAAGGGUGUGAUAAACGCUGUUGUCCAAUUUGUUUGGAAGAGUACGAGGAUGAUCAUGAGAUUAGGCGUUUGGAGAAAUACCUAAGUGAUGGUUGUGCCACCUCGAAAAGCGAUGUUUGUGCCUUUGGUGUUGUUCUCUUUGAGAUUGUUUCUGGAAGAGAAGCAGUUAUAAGAACAGAGGCAGUGGGAACAAAGAAUCCAGAAAGACGUCCAUUGGCGUCUAUUUUAAUAACACAAACAAACUAUUUUAGGUAA